ACUGAAAGUGGGCUUGAGAAAGAAAUCUCUCCCCUGAAAUGUUUACCCUGACGUCAGUUUGCAGAACUAGCUCUGCCCUGUCUGCUUCAGUGUCUCCGAAACUCCACUCAGUCAGAUUUUUUGGGGGGGGACUAAAUGGGCUCCGCUCUGCCUGCGCUGCCGGAUCGCACCAAGUAAAUGAAAUGAUUUCUUCUGCACAUUUAAAGUGGACUAAAUCAUCUACACGAUGAACACCUGCGCCUUUCUCUUAAUUUUGACUGUUCAGAUCUACGCCGAUGGCAUCGAGGGGCCAACAGCUGCUGGCUGCACGUUCGAAGAGGAUUCAGACCCUAAUCUGUGUGACUUCACCCAAGGAGAGGAGGAUGACUUUGACUGGCUGUUGUUUAGGACACAGAGUUCACCUUCUGCCAACUCUGACCUGCUGAAGGGGUCCUAUAUGCUGGUGAACUCCUCCCAGCAUGCCGUGGGUCAUCGUGCUCAGCUGCUGCUGCAGACACUGAGUGAAAAUGACACGCACUGCGUCCAGUUCAGCUACUUCCUGUAUAGCCGUGAUGGCCACAGUCCCGGGGCUCUACGGGCAUAUGUGCGGGUCAACGGCGGCCCGCUCGGCAGUCCAGUGUGGAACACGUCGGGGCCUCAUGGCAAACAGUGGCAUCAGGUUGAGCUGGCUGUCAGCACCUUCUGGCCGAACGAAUACCAGGUGCUGAUUGAGGCAACGGUUUCGAAGGAGCGGCGAGGCUACAUUGCCAUAGAUGACAUCAUGGUGCUCAACUAUCCUUGCUAUAAGGCGCCACACUUCUCCAGGCUAGGAGAUGAGGAGGUCAAUGCUGGGCAAAAUGCUACUUUCCAGUGUGUUGCUGCUGGAAGGGCAUCAGAGGCUGAGAAGUUCCUGUUGGAGAGACACAAUGGGGACAUUUUAACAAUGGCGUCAGUCAAGCACCUGAGCCAUCGGCGCUUUGUGGUGUCCUUCCAGCUCGACAGCGUCCAGCGAACUGAUCAAGACCUUUACCGCUGCGUCACUCAGUCCCCCAGAGGCUCCGGAGUCUCAAACUUUGCUGAACUCGUUGUCAAAGUACCCCCAUCCCCCAUUGCGCCGCCUCAACUUCUGCGUGCUGGCUCCACUUACCUGAUCAUCCAGCUCAACACCAACUCUAUCCUGGGAGAUGGCCCUAUUAUCAGGAAGGAGAUUGAGUAUCGUGCCAGCCAGUCUCCAUGGUCAGAGGUGCAUGGAGUCAACAUGGUCACCUAUAAGCUGUGGCACCUGGAUCCAGACACAGAGUAUCACAUCAGCGUGCUGCUGACUCGACCGGGAGAGGGCGGAACCGGCCCUCCGGGACCUCCUCUCGUGAGCAGGACCAAGUGUGCAGAGCCCAUGCGCGCAUUACGGGGACUCGCCGCCACAGAUAUCCAGCCCAGGCAGUUGUCCCUGCAGUGGGAGAAUUUGGCGUUCAACCUGACACGCUGCCACACCUACUCAGUGUCCCUGUGCUACCGCUACACCAUGGCGGGAGGAGGCGGCGGCCACAACACCACCGUACGCGAGUGCCUUGCAGUGGAACACAAUGCCUCACGCUUCACGCUGCGUGAUCUGCCACCCUACCAUGCCAUCCAUGUCCGUCUGUCACUGGCAAAUCCAGAGGGGAAGAAAGAGGGCAGAGAGGUCACCUUUCAGACGGAGGAGGACAUCCCCGGAGGCAUCGCACCGGAGUCGCUCACCUUCACCCCACUGGAUGACAUGAUCUUCCUGAAGUGGGAGGAGCCUGUUGAGCCCAGUUAUGAGAUCAGCUACCAGAGUAUCGAGUCAUCUGAUCCGAGCAUCAACGUCCCAGGACCCAGGAGAACAGUGUCAAAGCUCAAGAACGAAACCUACCACAUGUUCUCCAACCUCCACCCCGGAACGACUUACCUAAUCUCCGUCCGGGCACGUACGGCCAAGGGCUUUGGCCAGACGGCCCUCACCGAGAUCACCACUAACAUCUCUGCUCCCACCUUUGAUUACGGAGACAUGCCGUCUCCGCUGAGUGAGACAGAGAGCACAAUUACUGUCCUGCUGCGCCCCGCCCAAGGCAGAGGAGCACCUGUUAGCACAUACCAGGUAGUGGUUGAGGAAGAAACUGGGAAGAAAGUGAAGCGGGAACUGGGGGUGCAGGAAUGCUUUCCGUUGCCCAUGUCACACGGGGAGGCCCAGGCCCGAGGGACGCCUCACUACUACACAGCCGAGCUGCCGCCCAGCAGUCUGCCCGAGGCCAGUCCCUUUACUGUGGGUGACAAUCACACGUAUAAUGGUUACUGGAAUAGCCCUUUGGACCCCCGCAAAAGCUACCUUGUCUACUUCCAGGCUAUGAGCAACUUCAGAGGGGAAUCUAGAAUAAACUGCAUCCGCAUUGCUCGCAAAGCGGCCUGUAAAGAUCAUCGCAAGGCUUUGGAGGUGUCGCAGCACUCCGAGGAGAUGGGGCUGAUCCUCGGUGUGUGCGCCGGAGGCCUGGUAGUGCUCAUCCUCCUUCUGGGCGCUGUCAUUAUCAUCAUCAAGAAAGGAAGGGACUACUACUCUUAUUAUCCGAAACCAGGGAACAUGAAUAAGACGCCAAUUACCUACCGCCAGGAGAAGAGCCAUAUGGGCUCUAUGGAGCGCAGUUUCACAGACCAGAGCACCCUGCAGGAGGAUGAAAGAAUGGCUCUUUCCUUCAUGGAUUCACACACUUGCGGCACACGAAGUGAUGCUCGAAGUUCAGUGAAUGAGGCCAGCAGCCUGCUGGGAGGCUCCCCGAGGCACCAGUGUGGACGUAAAGGUUCCCCCUACCACACGGGACAGCUCCACCCUGCCGUCAGAGUGGCCGACCUCCUCCAGCACAUUAACCAGAUGAAGACCGCCGAGGGCUACGGCUUUAAACAGGAAUAUGAG